GUUAGACACGUUGUAAUAACAAUUAGAUUUGUACCAUUCAGUUAUUAUAGUAUAAGCAUGUUUAUCAGUUGGAUGUUAGGUACUUUACUUGUAGUUUACAAUGUUAAGAUGACGCUCAGUUGUCGCCAACAAUGGCAGCAAGCAGCAAUCGAUGCAGUUCACGAAUUACUGGAUCACGAAUUGGAACCCGUGAAUCCGGCAGAUGUCAUUUAUGAAAAACUUGAUCACGAAGUUAUUAAGACAAAAUCUCUCUUUCGAUCUGGUGGUCACAAUAUGAACUUCUGGGGUCCCUUCUCAGUUUACACCGAUGCCGGUGGUUGUUAUGAAGAAGAUCGACCAGAAACAUACACGGGAGCUUACACACUAAGUGAAAGCGGACAAAGUUGUCUUAUGUGGAGGGACUUUACAAAAUGGAUUCGGCAACAUUCGAAACACACAAUGUUGGCAAAACAAAGGAAAAUGCUAAAUUCAUCCUGGGCAUCUAUGCAAGGGAAAGAUUACAGUGAGGAAGACGCCAUCUUAAAAGCGGCGAACGAAACUAUUGCAAACAUGGAGGAACAAGGUUUGGUGAGUCACAACUUUUGUCGUGAUUUUGACGGAAAUGGUAAACCGUGGUGUUUUGUUCAAAAAGGUCGAAUGAUAAUGUGGGAGAAUUGUGGUGUUCCAGUUUGUACAUUGUGUUGGAGAAUGCGGCAACGAGCUCUUCGAUUCAAAUUUAAUCCGAUGUUAUUCAAAAAUUAUUGGCUCCCACAAUGCAAUUUCAAUGGAUCUUUUGCUCGUGUGCAGUGUUGGAAGGUAUAUUGUUGGUGUUCGAGGUACGAUGGUGGUGUAAUACGAGAAACACUUAUAAAAGGCAACAGAUCGCAAAUGAAAUGUUAGAAUUGUAAAUGAAUGUAUUUUACUGGAGCCUGAUUACUUUUACGGUUUCAGUAAAAAAUUUCUCAUCUCUUUGUACGUAAAAGUAGGGCGGGGGUGGAAGAUGAGACACCUUUUCAUUCUGUUUUCUCAUCACAGCAUUUGGUAGUAAACAGAGAACAUUUAAAGAAUUAUAAAACUGUAUUCUCACGACUUCCAUAGACCGUUGCUAAUUGUUUAAAACACGAUCAGCAUAUUUGGACAUUACGUGCAUUAUGUGCUAAAGGUGUUCCGUCUCCCCCUACCCUACUUGUACACCAAUUCGCAACAAUUAAACUAUGAGCCAAGUUGAAACAAGUUUCUGUAACCACGGUGCUUGUUGAUUUAUCUUUAAUCAAUGCGGAACUAUUAAAUAAUUGAGAAACUCAUGAUGUAUUAUGUUAUCUAUGCUGUGAUUAUCAUUAAUUAUGAAUCGCGAGAAACUGGUGUUGGAAUUUCACGCGACACGAAUAUAAAGCUUGGUGAAAAAGGCGAGCUAUCUAUAAAUAUGGGUUGGUGUGGGUAAGUCACCACAAGUAUACGAAAGAUGAACUUACAAUGUAUUCUGUUGGUGUGUUUACUGGGAUAUUGCACUGCUACAAUUCCCAAUGAGUGCUGCGACAAUCCAGACCUUCAAAACUACAGCAAAUGUCUUGGAACUGAAAGAAUUUGUGAGUUGAUGUCAUUAUUGAACGAAAACAGAGAAACAGGUGGCAUUAUGGCAACAGGCAAGCGAUCACGUGAUAUAUGUGAUGACUUUCGAAUUAUCUCACCGAGAUUGAAAGCAAUGUGUGAAGCAAAUGCCAAUAAACUCAAAUCUACUAUGGAUAAGAAAUAUGAAGCAAGUGUCGGGAAUUGGUUCUGGAACUGAAAUAGAUUUCUUGUGCUGUUUUGAUCUUAGUAAUAAACAUAUUGUACCUCCA